GCCGCGUUAGUGGGUAAAGUCCGUGUACAUGCUCGCUAGGUACCUAUGGCCGUUAGCCUCCGCCACUACCUAGGUACCUACAGGCGACCUCGACGCUGUGCUUGGUGCUUGCUUAGCCUCAUCACCAUCACCACCAUCAUCAUCAUCCCGGUCCCCCUGUUUAUAGCCAUAGAAAAAUCAGGUAAUGUGAUCCUGCAUAUCAUCAUUACCAAAAAACAUUCAAUUGGCCGGCCGCCUUGCCUGCUCUUCGUUUCGUCUUGCCUUGUGUUAUUUGUCCUUCUACCUGCAAUCCUCUUUCGGUGCCGGCACCGGCGAACGCGGCUCUCUUCGUCGAGUCCUCGCGCCUGUUGUUCCGCUGCCCGUCACUGCCUACCUAACCGACUGCUGGUCUCACACAUGCAUUCUUUUGCACCUUGUUGCCGGUGAUGCCCUUGCCAGGCUCGGCCGGCUCCAGGUUGGCCCUAUUGUAUUCGCUCGCGACGCCAUGCCGCUUUGUUAAUCUUAUCCCGACCUUCGCCUUCCUCCUGCCGCUAUGGCUAGUGGCGCCCGUGCUGGCCAUGCAGCCUGGCCGCAUCGCCGAACUACGCCAUGAGACGGUCGACAUGUUCUACCAUGGCUUCGAUAACUACAUGAAGAUAGCUUUCCCCGAGGACGAGUUGCGCCCCGUCUCAUGCACACCGUUGACUCGCGAUCCCAUCAAUCCCAGAAAUGUCGAACUUAACGAUGUCCUUGGAAAUUAUUCUUUGACUCUGAUAGAUAGCCUUUCCACACUUGCUAUUCUCGCCUCUGCACCUCCCGAUAGCAGGAACACGGGCCCCAAAGCCCUAGCCGAUUUUCAGGAUGGUGUAGCUGCGCUUGUUGUACAAUAUGGCGAUGGUCGGGCUGGUCCCUCAGGCCGUGGAGCCCGAGGACGAGGCUUCGAUGUCGAUAGUAAAGUUCAAGUAUUCGAGACCGUGAUCCGGGGCGUUGGAGGAUUGCUAAGUGCACAUUUGUUUGCUGUGGGCGAGCUACCCAUCGCGGGUUACGAUCCUGGAAGAGCAGCCAUAGACAUUGAAGAGCAUCCAAUUGUCUGGCCUAAUUCGUUUAAAUAUGACGGCCAACUUUUGCGGCUUGCCCUCGACUUGGCCCAACGCCUACUACCAGCCUUCUACACCCAGACUGGGAUGCCCUACCCCCGUGUCAAUUUGCGGCAUGGUAUACCGUUCUACGUGAACUCACCGCUACAUGAAAAGACGCGCCCUCAACCUAUGAGACCUGAAGAAUCCCCUGAAAUUACAGAGACAUGUAGCGCUGGUGCCGGCAGUCUCGUUCUCGAAUUCACUGUUUUGAGUCGUCUUACGGGCGAUCCUCGGUUUGAGCAAGCGGCAAAAAGAGCUUUCUGGGCUGUAUGGUCGCGGAGAAGCAAUAUUGGUUUAAUAGGCGCUGGUGUUGAUGCUGAAGAAGGGCACUGGAUAGGAGGGUUUUCUGGAAUCGGUGCCGGGAUUGACAGCUUCUUCGAGUACGCACUCAAAACACAUAUACUCCUAUCUGGCCAUGAGCUACCGAACCAAACGGUUCCCCGCCAUGAUGCCCACGAAAGAUGGCUUGAUCCGAAUCAGAUAUACCCUCCGCUUUCUGAUAAGGAUAACUCCCCAGAUUCGUUUCUCGAGGCCUGGCACCAUGCUCAUGCUGCAAUUAAGCGUCACCUCUAUUCUGAUUUGCACCACCCUCACUACGUUAACGCGCAUAUCUCCACAGGGUCGCCUCAAACUUUCUGGAUUGACAGUUUAGGCGCUUAUUAUUCCGGCUUACUCACCCUAGCAGGAGAAUUGGAUGAAGCUAUAGAGACCCAUCUUCUUUACACGGCUCUGUGGACUCGUUACUCUGCUUUACCAGAACGCUGGUCAGUCCGUGAUGGGCAUGUUGAAGGCGGACUGGGGUGGUGGCCUGGUAGGCCAGAAUUCAUUGAGUCGACUUACCACUUAUACCGUGCUACCCGAGACCCCUGGUAUUUGUACGCCGGUGAGAUGACAUUGAAAGAUAUAACUAGGCGAUGUUGGACGGACUGUGGCUGGUCUGGCCUCCAGGACGUCCGUACUGGCGAGAAAAGUGAUCGCAUGGAGAGCUUCUUUCUUGGAGAGACUGCUAAAUACCUAUACCUCCUUUUUGAUGCCGAGCAUCCGCUCAACAAGCUGGAUGCCUCAUACGUCUUCACAACAGAAGGCCACCCAUUGAUCAUUCCACGCAAGACUGUCCUGCGUCAUCCUAAAAAGCGACAAAGUGACAGAUCUCUUCAACCUUACUUCGAUGAAAGUUUCACCCAUACUUGUCCCAUACCCCCACCUCUCCCUCACUUAUCUGGUUCGGCCACUGCUGCACGGACGGACCUAUAUAAUGCGGCGACCUUGAUUCGACUUCACCAGGUACCAAAUUUUCACGGCGUCGUGGAACCUAACCCCCAACCGGGACCAUCGAACACAAAUGAACAACGACCUCUAAUUGUUUCGAACCAUACACACUUUCCUUGGACACUUCCCCAAUCUAUGCUGCCGGUCGAUGGAAUAUGCGUAGCAUCAAAACAGCGACACACCAGCGUCAUCGAAUUCCCUUCUAACACCCAACAAUCUGUAGGCAGUGCCUUCAAUCUCGUAUUCGGGAAUGGUAAUCUGGUUCGAAUGGGUAGCGAAGGCAUUGUAGUCAAUAGUCUUUCAGGCCUGAAAAUAGGAAUGAUACUCGAGGAACCGCCCACUACAUCGGAACGAGGAUGGAGGGUGUAUAGUAUAGGUAACUUUCUCCUCGGGAGGGAUGAAAAAGUCUUCAUCUCCCGUGACGUUCUUGCAGAUAUUUCAGACCCUCUUUUCCAUCGCGUUCGCGAUGCAGUACUUGUCGACAUUGUGUUGCAAAUCGAGGUUCCGAAUAUAAUGCCGACACAUAAUUCGACCGCUACAGAUUUACCUCAACCUGAAACGAAACCUAUUGUCGAAAUGCACGACUCAGACCUAGGAGCGACAAACAUAUUCAACUCUUUGCUACAGCAACUUACAUCGGCUCUGCGUGAGCCAGUGGCUACUUUUGGCCCUGAACCGGCACCCAAGAUCGAGUAUAAGUAUAUAAACAUCCCAGCAAUCACACCCGUAGGUGUGGGCAUGGCACCUCUGCCAGAUAUUUCGGAGGCUCCGAAUCCAAAUCUUCAAACGCAUAUCGAGUCACUUUCGUGGAAGCGACUCUACUUUGCCGACCAGGCUUGUCAGGGGAAAUUGCCCGAUGCAGUCCCGAAACAGCAUCAAAUCAUUGUUAUGCGACGAGGCGGCUGUUCCUUCUCUGAUAAGCUAGCGAACAUCCCUUCCUUUGCCCCCCACCGCAAUGGGCUACAGCUUGUCAUUGUAGUGUCAGGUGAUGAAGAGUCGUCCAAGGAGGGCGAAGAAGAUGUCUGGGGUUUCAACUUGAUCCGACCGUUGUUAGACGAAGAGCAGCGGACACCCGCGGGUAUCCCGCGCCACCGUCCCAUCCCCAUGCUGAUGGUGGGCGAUGGAGACACAACAUAUGAGCUGCUGAAGACAGCGAAAAGUAUUGGCAUGCGGAGGAGAUACCAUGUUGAGAGUCAGGGGCUGACGAUCAAUAACCUUGUAGUACUUUGAUUACGUGAACGAUGGGAUGCAUAUAUGCAUUGGAUAGCGAAAAGAAAGCAUUAGUGGCGUCAUUGCGGGUGUUCGAUUUACUUUUGGAGAGCUUGUGGCAUAUGUAUAUCUCGAAGCUAGUCGUUAUAUUAGCAUCACGCAUAAACUGGCGCAGGCCCUUCCCUUCACUUUCGGUCUUGUUCACUUAUGUUA